AUGCUCACCUUCAAGAAAGCCCUCGUGCUUUCCCUCGCCUGUCUGACGCUCUUCUUCAUGUUCAAGUCGCACCACACCAACACCACGCCAAAUUUCCGCAAUGCCAAUGACUUGCCCCGCCCCUCGGCCUGGGUAAAUCCAGCCAUCAAGGAGAGCGAAAGGGAAGCCGCCGCCAAGGCGGAAAACAAUGAGAAGAAGACGAAUGCGGCUUUCAAUCUGCCCGAUACGUUGCCCAAGAAGCCAAAGGCCCAGAUUCCCAUGGACCAAUUGCGCAAAAGGCCGUUGAAGGAGCAGCUCGAGUACCAAUUUCCCUACGACGUCGACUCCAAGACACCAGCCUACAUUUGGCAGACGUGGAAGUACACGCCUGCCCAGGGCGAGUUUGAAGAACUGUUCCGCGAGCCAGAGGCCAGUUGGAGCACCAACCACCCAACCUUUGUCCACGAAGUCAUUACCGACAACGUGGCCAUGUUCCUGAUCCGCCACCUCUACGCCUCAGUUCCCGAGGUGCUCGAAGCCUACGACGCCCUCCCCAUCCCCGUCCUGAAGGCUGACUUCUUCCGCUACCUCAUCCUCCUCGCCCGCGGUGGCAUCUACUCGGACAUUGAUACCAUCUCUCUGAAGCCGGCUGCCGACUGGAUCCCCUCGGACGUCGCACCCAACUCGUACGGCAUGGUCAUUGGCAUUGAGGCAGACCCAGACCGCCCAGACUGGAAGGACUGGUUCUCCCGUCGUAUCCAGUUUUGCCAGUGGACCAUUCAAUCCAAGCCCGGUCACCCUAUCCUCGUCGACAUUGUGGCCAACAUUACACAGGAAACACUCAAGCGCAAGAGUGCCGGUACGCUGAGCGCGGACUCCAAAGGCAUCAUCGAGUUCACUGGCCCUGCCGUCUGGACCGAUUCCGUUUUCAACUACUUCAAUAACCCGGAAUUCUUCGACAUGAGCACAAGCAAGGGCAACAUCACUUGGAAGGCGUUCACGGGUAUGACGGCGCCCAAGAAGGUGGGCGAUGUUAUUGUGCUGCCCAUUACGAGCUUUAGCCCAGGCAUCAAGACCAUGGGCGCAGGCGAGCCGGAUGACCCAAUGGCUUUUGUCCAUCACAAAUUUGAAGGCACCUGGAAACCAGAAAACGAGCGUCACAUUGGUAAAAUCUUCAACUAA